CAAGCGGAGGGGAGGAUGCAGACACCGCAGCUGGCGAUGAGGAUGGAGGCCGGGGAGGCAGCGCCACCGGCGGGGGCGGGCGGCCGCGCCGGGGGCGGCUGGGGCAAGUGGGUGCGGCUGAACGUGGGGGGCACGGUGUUCCUGACCACCCGCCAGACGCUGUGUCGGGAGCAGAAGUCCUUCCUCAGCCGCCUGUGCCAAGGCGAAGAGCUGCAGUCGGACCGGGAUGAGACCGGGGCCUACCUCAUUGACCGUGACCCCACUUACUUCGGGCCCAUAUUGAACUUCCUCAGGCAUGGCAAACUGGUGCUGGACAAGGACAUGGCUGAGGAGGGGGUCCUGGAGGAAGCUGAAUUCUACAACAUUGGUCCCCUGAUCCGAAUCAUCAAAGACAGGAUGGAGGAGAAAGACUACACAGUGACCCAGGUGCCACCCAAACAUGUGUACCGCGUGCUUCAGUGCCAGGAGGAGGAGCUCACACAGAUGGUCUCCACCAUGUCUGAUGGCUGGCGCUUCGAGCAGCUGGUGAACAUCGGUUCCUCCUACAACUACGGCAGCGAGGACCAGGCCGAGUUCCUGUGUGUGGUGUCAAAGGAACUCCACAGCUCCCCACACGGCCUAAGCUCAGAGUCUAGCCGUAAGACCAAGAGCACGGACGAGCAGCUGGAGGAGCAGCGGCGGCAGGAGGUGGAGGAGGUGGAGGUGGCCCAGGUGCAGGUGGAGGCGGAUGCCCAGGAGAAAGCUAUUACAAGCCAGAGGCACCCGGAUGUGAGCCCCCAGAUCACCUCCAGGGACUUGGGGUUCCGAUCUGAAAUCCUUUAUUUUUGUACCACGGGGUGGGCCCCCGGCCCGAGGAGGAAGACUUGCCCUCUCCCUUAUCACUGCUGCCUGCAUCUGCUGGGCUGGGACUCAACCCUGCCUCCAGGCCCAGGCCUGGGGCCCUCUGGGACCUUGGAAGGCCUGAGGUGGGCCCUGGUGUGUCCAGGCAGAGUCAUCUGCCCAUGGCCAAAGUGUGGCACUGCCCACCCAUAUCUCCCAGGCCCGUUUGUCCCCUCGCCUGGGCCCCCUUGCUGCAUGGCGGAUCCACUCCCUCCCAGCCCAGUCAUAGCACCUCCUUGAGCCUCUGUCUCCAUGGCACCCCUCCUCCCACCUACCUCACAGGGGUGUUGUGAGGAUCAGGGAGGAAUGGGGUUCCUGGAGCCCUAAGUGUCUAGGGCUGCAAUCGUUACUUUUGGGGGGAGGGAACUCUAGCCGAGCCCCCAAGUGGGACACUAUGGCUUCAGAUACUGGUGGGGGACAAUGCGAGGACUAAGCCAAGCAGGAAGCCAGGUACAGGAUUGGCAUCACCUUGGCUGCCCUUCCCCUUUGCCACCACGUGUUUGGCAGCAGAGUGUGCUAGCGAGUCUUGAGGCUGCCCAGGAACUUGUGAUGGGGAAGGGGACGGGUGUGAAAGGGGCUGAGCUGCCCCUCCCAUGUCUUGACCCCUGGGAUGGGCACACAUGUGCCAGCUGUGUCCCACUCACCAUGAAAUAAACCUGAAACCAACAGGC